CACAGAGCACCGAGAGGGGGAAAAGGGGAGAAAUCCUGUGCACCGCCCCUCUCCCCCCAUGGGCAAGAACAAAACCAACUUUCCCUUGCGGCUGCGCACGGUCGUCUUCCACAACUCCCACUCCCUUCGCGCAGCCGCUACCCCGUUUCCGCUCCCUGCCUCAGCACCAGCCUAACCCGGCAGACGCCAAGAUCAAGCAACCGAGCGCAUAAAGCAAGCUCAGGAGCCAGAACCUUCUUCGAUCGAUCAGCGACAGUCGGGCGGAACAAGAAUCAGUUCGAUCCGGCCGGUGCAAGAACUUGCUGGGACCGGGACAGGCGUGGGCCGACGACGACGACGCCGGGGGUUUUCCGCUUUCCGACGGCAAGCGAGGUGGCAGUGGCACCGGAGGGAUGGGCCUUUCGGCGGUGAGGCGUAACACGCCGCUCUUCUCCAAGUCGCCGGCGUCCCUGCUGCUGCUCUCCAAGCUGCUCACCCUCUACUGUUGAGCUCCCGGCGGGCGGCUGUUUCCCUCUUCUCGGUCGAGCGAGUCAUCCAUGGGCGCCGUGGGGUCGUCCGCGAGGCGGGGCGGGGGCACCGCGCUGGGGGACCUGCCGGAGAACUGCGUCGCCGAGGUGAUGCUCAGGCUGAACCCGACGGAGAUCUGCGGGAUGGCGCGGCUCAGCCGCACCUUCCGCGGCGCCGCGUCCGGGGACGCCGUCUGGGAGGCCAAGCUGCCGCGCAACUACGCGCGCCUCCUCGCCGCCGCCGGCGGAGACGAGGAGGCCGCCGCGUUGGAGGCGGAGGCCAUCCCGAAGAAGGAGCUGUACGCGCGGCUCUGCCGCCGCAACUCCCUCGACGGCGGAACCAAGGAGUUCUGGCUCGACAAGGCUGGUGGAGGCACCUGCAUGACAAUCUAUUCGAGGGCGCUUUCGAUCACCGGCAUUGAUGACAGGAGAUACUGGAACUUCAUUCCAAAUGAUGAAUCAAGGUUCCGUUCGGUUGCUUAUCUCUCGCAAAUCUGGUGGUUUGAAGUCAGAGGGGAGGUUGAGUUCUGCUUCCCAGAAGGUACAUACAGCCUGUUCUUCCGUAUUCAUCUUGGCAGGCCUUUCAAGCGGCUCGGUCGCCGGGUUUACAGUGCCGAGCACAUCCAUGGGUGGGACGUAAAGCCGGUGCGCUUCCAGCUAUCGACUUCGGACGGGCAGCAGGCCCAGUCCAAGUGUUACCUAACUGAUCCAGGCGUCUGGAUCUAUCAUCAUGUCGGCGAUUUCGUCGUGAAGGACUCGAACGAGCCACUGAAUAUCCAAUUUGCAAUGGUUCAGAUAGACUGCACACACACAAAAGGAGGCCUGUGUAUGGAUUCAGUGGUUAUAAAACCCAAAUGCCUUGCGCGGAAAAAGGGACCUGGGAGUUAUGAGUAGAUUUAGUGAGCAGAUUAAACCUGAUAUCUAUAGAAACAAUAUGGUUUUGCUUACUUCCUCCGUCGUGUGCUUGCGGCUGUCGAUGUUUCUUCAAUCCUGUAAUGUAAAUGUAAUUGGAGGGGUGAGUGAUCUUUUAUUUCCUCUUGUCCCUAUAUAGGAGCAUCAAGCAUGUCACACCUUGUAAAUUGUGAGUUCAGUGACAGAUAUACAUGUUUGCCUUUGGUAUGUUCUGUGGCACCUGA